AUGAAAUCAUCAAAAUCGUCGCGCAUGGGGAUGCCAGCUCGCGGACGAUCUUCACGCAACAAUGAAGCGCAUGGCUCGUCGACAAAACCUGAAGAUGAUCUCGUCUCGAGGGAGAACAGAAGUGGUAACAACGCGCCUUCACAGACGUCGACACCAGUUCACCACCAAGUCACAAAUGUAUUCGCACGUGAAGGAUCCAGUGGGAUUGAAGCAAUGCGGCGGAGGAUGAGUGCGGCUCUGGCACAGAAACAACAGCAGCGCGCUGCUGCCGCUGCUUCGAGCGGGUCUUCAGACUCCACGAAACAGGACGAGUCGUCGGAGCCUACCGCGUCUCUCCAGCAUACAGAGUCCAGUUCAGAUGAAUCAGUCAACACUGGCGGUCUUUCGACAGACUCUGCCCGAACUAUCAGGGCUACUUUUGACUUGACGCCUGGCUCUGUUAGGACGCCCUCAUAUCCAUUCCCCCGCAUGGCGUUACGGCUCAACCGCAACCUUAGCCACCGUUCUGGUCCUCACCAUAAACCCUUUACCCUGUUGUCUCCCACAAACGAGGCGCCUCUCAGUUCGGAACCUUCACAAGCCCCGCAGCCUCAUCGGCAACCAUCAUCCUCAGAUAUGAGUACCCCGAUAGGUCAGGCACCUACAAGCCCUGCGUACCCUGAAGACCCUAAUUUCCCAACGCCUGAUCUCUACGACAUUAUCCUUAUGCUCAAUGCUGAACCCGGCCUAGACAUGUGGUGGGCCAAUGUCACUGAAAUUUUAUCGGAGAUAUACGGCGCUGAACGUGCGUCUCUCGCCAUUCCGGGUGACAUUACUGACUUGGAAAAUGUACCGUGGGGUCAGAAGGCCACCUACAACAUCAACGGGAGCGAAGGUGUUGAACCUUCGCAGUUCAACUCGACGACGGCCUCCGCCGCCGAUGUCAAUUCCAUAGGACGCCGGCCUGAACCCACAAGCAGGAUACCGAGUGAGGCAAGUUCUGUGCCUAUACGACGCCCACCUCUUUUGUCAAGACAUUCUAUUGCGGGCCCAGCUCCAGAUUCAGCAGCAAGACUUGCCCGCCAACGCCCUCCUGGGCCUGUACGCGCUUACAGCACCAUGCCGAAAGAGCAGGAGGAGGCCUCGGUAAUCUCGUCCGUCUUGCCCAGGUUGACCAGGCAAGCCGCUACUCCUCGAUCUUCGUCUGUAGCUGAACUAGACCCGUUAUCACUGAAGGGGCAGCUCAACUCAACUGGGUCGGCUUCAUCAACCCUCCGCUGUUACGUCCAUCGUUCGAUACAGCCUUUGGAAGCGGAGCCCGACCCGCUUCUUAUCCGCACAGGAGUCGCGUCUCUGUUUGGUAAGAGAAAGCCUGUAGUGUUAACAAGGGCCUAUACCGAGACUGCCCAGAAGCAGUCACCCAUGCUCAAAGGUAAGGAGCAAAACAGAAGCGCACCACCUACGCCGCUAGGAGCCCCGGGUGAGCGCAGGAGCUCUGUCUCUGAAGACUCGCAUGCGUCACAAGGUUUUCUUCGUGCUUUUGACGAAUAUGAGCAGCCGGAGCCCUCUCCAUGGUCGCAGAGCCCGUCACCUUCGCCUGCUGCUCGACCUGAUCCAGCCGAGUCACCUUUCUUCGUACAGCCAACGGCAUCCAUUGACGAAACCGCUUUUGAACAGAAUCCUCCCGCUUACGAUUAUGCAACCACCGCCAAUCAAUCAUUAAGCGCAAUAGGCGCAGAUAUGUCGAAGACACUGAUCCAUGUACCGCUCAUCCAACCCGUGUUGGCCAGGGGGACGAUGGCGUCCAAUUUACGCUUUCCUAUUGCCGUCUUAUCGUUCCUCUCUCCUCUAAACCCGUAUCCACGCAGUUUGCGACAUUCUUUGGAAGCUCUUUUGCCCCAUUUGGCAAGCUCAUAUUCAUUGGCGCAGCAGUACAGCGCGCUCCAAGACCGUCUGAGAGGUACAACAGGAAGCAGACACGGCGCAGCAUUUGGCCUUGGCGGCACAUUUUCCGACGAAGGCUCUGAAUUGGAACUCGUGGCGGAGCUCAGCGGCCAGAUUGCACAGGAUAAAGAAAAUUCCAGGUCAUGGACUUCGCAGGAGGGUCAUAGUCCGGGAAUUUUACGGGACAGUCCCGGUAGCUCCGUAGUGAGCACGCCACUGAUGGAGCAAUUCGGCCUGAGCACAAACCAGCCACCAACGCCAGGCGGGAAGACAGGCGCCGAGAUGGUCGACAGCUAUUUCUCGGCCAGAAGACAGCGAGGCAGUCAUCAGCCGCUCACGCCGGGUCCCAGACCUUCAAAGGACGACGGAGAGCAAGCAAAAUCAUCAGCCGAGAAAUCUGCAGGGUCAAAAUCGACUGGCAAGAAAGUUGUAGGUGGUACUGCGCGAUCACAACCCGAGCCCCAUAGUCCGAUGCCGAUCCGGACAGCAAGCACCGCUUCUGAAAGUGAAGGAGGAGAUCAAUCUUUCGGCACGUUCGAUAGGAUGGACAAUUCACUCCGGCGAAACACGGCUCGACGUGUGAGCGAAAACAAGGACGAUGGUGAGAGGCCGUUGCCGGAGCUGAUAUCCUCCUUAAUGCUCAACGCAGUUCCACUACAGUUAUUUCUGGCCAAACCAAACACAGGCGACUUGGUGUGGACAAAUCGCAAAUUCGACGCCUUCAGGAGUCAAGGGGAGGGCCGAGUGCGUGAUCCUUGGAAGAAUGUCCAUCCGGCAGAUAGAAAUGGACUGGUUAAGCUGUGGAACGAGGCGUUGAGAACAGGCAGUCAGUUCACGCACUACAUUCGCGUCAAGCGAUUCAACAGCGAUAGCGACUACCGAUGGUUCGUAUUCCGCGCAAGUACGCUGCUCAGCAACAACGGUCGGCUUAUAUACUGGAUCGGCUCCUUCUUGGAUGUGCAUGAGCAGUACAUGAAGAAUCUUGAGGCCAGCGAGAAGGAAGCCAUUAUGACCCGCGACAGCAAGAUCCGUGCACUUGCCGACGCAAUUCCGCAAGUCCUAUUCGAGGCCAUCGAAGGGGAUGGUAUUGUGGCCGUAAACCAGCAAUGGCAUUCAUACUCAGGCCAAACCCUCGAGGAUGCGCGGGGAUUGGGCUUCGCGAAACACGUGCACCGCGAUGAUCUCCAUAAGUGCGGAAUACUCUCACCGAUGGAGGUUGCUGCCAUAGUACGGUCACCGACCACGAGUUCUUCGUCCAGCGAGUCAAACAAAACCAUUGGGCCGCCGCCGCCUGCACAGAAGAACCUUUUCUCGCCAGAUCUGACUUCGUUAGACCGCAUGAUCAAGUCAGGGUCGGUGGUCGUGGAGAAGGAUGAGAACGGACGUCUGUCUUAUCUCACAGAAGUUCGGCUGAAAUCCAAAGGUGGCGGAUAUCGCUGGUUUCUCGUAAGGCUUGUUCGAGUCGACACCGGGCUGUGGCAAAGCCAAAGCGGAAAGGCUUCGUGGUACGGGACCUGCACAGACAUUGAAACACGCAAGACUCUUGAGCGAGAGCUGAAUCAAGCAAACGAAAAAGUGCAUUCGGAAAUGGAGUCCAAGACAAAGUUCUUUGCAAACAUGUCUCACGAGAUUCGAACGCCGCUCAAUGGCAUUCUGGGCAGUAUGCCAUGGCUGGUGGACUCGGAACUCGAUCACGAUCAGAGGAGGACAGUAGACACCAUCCAAAACAGCGCGAACAACUUGCGGGAAUUAGUUGACAAUAUUCUUGACGUUACCAAGGUUGAGGCUGGAAAAAUGACGCUGCUCCCAAAGUGGUUUCAUGUCCGCAAUCUUUGUGAGGAGGUGGUGGACACCGUCUCAUCUCGAGCCAUCGAACGUGGAUUGGAGCUGAAUUAUUCUCUGGAAGCUGAUGUCCCCACCAUGGUGAGAGCAGACGCGUUCAGGGUCCGACAGGUGCUGCUCAAUCUGCUUGGCAACUCGGUCAAAUUCACGGAGCAGGGAGAAGUGUACAUGCGAUGUUCAUUCCGUGAGACCGCUCCCGCAGCUGAAACGACCGGCUCUCAGCAUCCCGGCCUCCUCUACUUUGACGUAGUUGACACGGGACGUGGGUUUAACGAAGACGACUUCAAGCGCCUGUUCAAGCAAUUCGGCCAGGUCGGCGGGGCUAGCAGUCACGAGGCUGGCUCUGGCUUGGGACUCUUCCUUUCUAAGCAACUGGUGGAGAUGCACGGCGGAGAGCUUUCGGUGAAAAGCAAAGCUGGAGAAGGCUCGACUUUCAGUUUCUUCAUCAAGGUCGAGAUUGCUCCUCCGGGUUCCGAAGUAACAUCGCCGCCAACCACUGCACGAACUGCACAACAGAAGCACAUCUCGCCCAUCGCAAGGAGCCCUCGGACACGAUCCGACAAUAAGACCCCCACCAUUGCUUCUGCCAGGGGCGCGUUACAGAACGAAGGUGUCAUUCAGACACCUGGCCUGUCCCGAUACGUCAGCUCUCCUCCAGCACAGACAUCGGAGUUGCCGUCACCGGUUGUAUCGUCGCCAUCUGUUGUUUCACCACCUGUUCUUCCAUCAGAUAGCUCAAGUUUAUCGAGGCGAUCGAAUUCGGGCAACAUAGUGUCCGUCUCUUCGGCGACUUCCUUGAUCCGCACGCCAGACUCGGCACCAGCCCACGAAUCCGCGGUCUCUACGGGGGAGCGACGGGGCUCAACUGAGAAAGCCACUCCCACCCCUCCAGCCUUCAAGAGAAGUAAGAGUGACAACGAUGGAAGCGUGCUGGGGCCUGAGCUGGCGCAUCCACACACGUAUUCAAUUGUCAUCAUCUGCCCAGCCGAACAUGCUGGGAUGGCCAUCAAGCAGCACAUUGAGCACGUCGUGCCUCACCAGAUUGCAGCCAACGUGACGACCAUAGCGGACAUCGGCUCGUUUUUGGAGCUCUUGAAUGGCCCUGGGUCGCCUACGUUCACACACAUCGUGCUAGACCUUCCCGCUUCCUCGGAUAUCAUGUUAUUCAUGAGACAAAUGGUCAACUACAAGGCGAACAUAGUGCCUGCGCUGGUGGUCAUAACGGAUCAUUACCAGAAGCGUGAUAUUCUGGAAGACUUUACGGCGCUGACUGCGAGUGGACGGCGAGCAUACAUGAUUCACAAACCGGUCAAGCCUUCGGUGUUCGCGAUGAUUUUCGAUCCGGCACAGUUGCGCAACUUGAGCAAGGACCGGGCACGCGAAGUGGCGCAAUCAAGCUCAGACGACUUCCGCAACAUCGCCAACCUUGUCAAGGAGAAGAUCGGAGGGAAAAACUUUCGCAUCUUGUUGGUUGAAGACAGCGAUGUGAAUCGCAUGGUGAUCCAAAGGUACCUCAAGAAAGUAUCGCUGUCGAACGAUUGCGCCAAGGAUGGUCAGCAAUGCGUGGACAUGGUGCUGGGUAAGGAUCAUAGGUACUACUCGCUCAUCAUUUGCGACAUUCAGAUGCCGAUCAAGAAUGGCUAUCAGGCAUGCACCGAAGUGCGGGAGUGGGAGAGACGUCACGGGUACCGACCGUUGCCGAUCAUGGCGCUGACAGCAAACGCUAUGCCAGAGGAACGAGCAGCAGCGGCUGACGCUGGAUUUACUGACUAUCUCACCAAGCCGGUGGAUUUCAACGUGCUGGGAACCAUGAUGAUGACGCUACUGGAUACCUCCUUGCCACACGUGUUUCUAUCUGAUAGGCCGCCAGAAAAUUGA